AUGUCUGAUUUAGAAGAUGAUUUAUUGGCAUUAGCUGGAGGAGAUGAUGAUUCCGAUAGAGAAGAAAUCACCACCACUAAGAAUGAUAAAGGUGGUGAAGAAUCUGAUGAUUCUGAUUAUCAUAAUGAUAUUAUAAAGUCAUCCAAGAAGAGUUCCCAUCGAUUCGAUGAUGAUGAUGGCAGUGAUGAUGAUGAAGAUGAGAUAUCUUCCAAACGUCGUAAGAUUGAGGAGGAUGAGGAUGAUGAACUGGAUGAAUAUGAAUUACCUGAUUUUGGAGAUGCUAGUGCUGAUCCAGAUUUAAUCAACCCAUAUCCUUUAGAAGGCAAAUAUAAAAAUGAACAAGAUAGGGAGGAAUUAGAAGAUAUGGAUGAAAUUAAACGUGAAGAGAUUCUUUUUGAAAGAACUCAACAGAUGGAAAGAUAUAAUGAAAAAUUAUAUUUACAACAAAGAAUGAAACAACAACAACAAUUGACUAAACCAAGUUCAUUGCCUGCUAAACCUUCUCGUGCAUCGAAUCGUGAUAAGACUUCAACGGUUAAGACUUCUAAAUUGGAUAAAUUGAAUGAAUUAAAGAAACAAAGACAACAGAAAUCGAAACGAAGACAUGAUGAUUAUGAUGAGGAGGAUGAUGAAGAUGAAGAAGAUGAUGAGGAUGAAGAAGUAGAGGAAGAAGAUGAUGAAGAAGAAUAUGACGAUGGUAUUGUCACUUGGGGAAGUAAAUCUAAAUUAUCCAGUGGUGGUGUAUCAUCAACUAGUUCAAGAAGAAGAUCAACUGAAUUAGCUAAAGUUGAUGAUAUUAAUCGGGUUAGAUUUGGAAGAUCUAAAUUAGCUCAAUAUUGUUUUUAUAAUGAAUUUAAUGAUAUAAUAGUGGAUACAUUUGGGAAAAUCAAUUUAGGAUUUGAUAAACGAACUCGACAACCGAUUUAUAGAAUGAUUAAAAUCAUUGAUGUUGAACAUAAACCAGCUAAGAUUUAUAAAUUACCAGGAGGGGUUAAAUGUGAUUUAUUUUUAAAAGUGAGUCAAAAUUCAAAACAAAUUAAAUUAUUCCCCAUUAAUAUCUUUUCUGAUAGUCCGAUUAGUAGAGAUGAAUUUGAUAGAUAUGUUGAUGAAUUAGAAAAGAAUAAUGAACGAAUGGAUUAUUUGGAUGAUAUUAAAGAUAAGUAUCAAAGUUUAAAACAAUUUGUUAAUAAAUCAGUUACUGAUAAAGAAGUUAAUGAAAUCAUUAAUAAGAAACAACAAUUACAAAAUCGUAAUAUUAAAGAUAUGAAUAUUUAUGAUUUAGUUAAGAAGAAGGCUCAAUUAUUAGAUGAUGUUAAGAUUGCUGAACAACAACAACAAUCAUCUCAAUCAGUGUUGGAAGAAAUUCAUCAAUUAGAUUUAAUGAUUGCUCAAAAGAGAGCCAUUACAAAUGAAAGUUCAAUGUUAAAGAUUAAUGAAAGAAAUCGUAAAUUGAAUCAAACUAAUAUUAGAAAAGCUGAAAUUAGAAAUCAAAUUCAAGCUGCUUUACCAUCAUCAAGUAUUGAUGGAGAUGGAGAUCCAUUUUCAAGAUUUAAAACAGUGACAAGAAUCUUUUAUCAAGAUUUAAUUAAUCAAGAGAAUGAAAAGGCAUUACAAGAUAUUAAAUUGAAUUAUGAGAAUUUAGUUAAUGAGAAGAAUAAACAAGAAGAAGAGAUUAGUAAGAGUACUUAUCGUGAGUUAGGAGAGAUGGAUAAUUUAAUUAGUAGUAUUGAUAUUGAUAUUGAAUUGAAGUUAUAG